CCCCGUCCCCCCUUCUCCCAGGCCCUCCCCGGCUGCUGCCGCUCCCGGGCGGAGGCAAGAGGUGGUUGGGGGGGACCAUGGCUGACGUUUUCCCGGCCAACGACUCCACGGCGUCUCAGGACGUGGCCAACCGCUUCGCCCGCAAAGGGGCGCUGAGACAGAAGAACGUGCACGAAGUGAAGAACCACAAAUUCAUCGCCCGCUUCUUCAAGCAGCCCACCUUCUGCAGCCACUGCACCGACUUCAUCUGGGGGUUUGGGAAACAAGGCUUCCAGUGCCAAGUUUGCUGUUUUGUGGUUCACAAGAGGUGCCAUGAAUUUGUCACUUUUUCUUGUCCUGGUGCAGAUAAGGGACCGGACACUGACGACCCCAGGAGCAAGCACAAGUUUAAAAUCCACACUUAUGGGAGCCCCACCUUCUGUGAUCACUGUGGGUCAUUGCUGUAUGGACUUAUCCACCAAGGGAUGAAAUGUGACACCUGUGAUAUGAACGUGCACAAGCAGUGUGUGAUCAAUGUCCCCAGCCUCUGUGGGAUGGACCACACGGAGAAGCGGGGGCGGAUCUACCUGAAGGCCGAAGUCACCGAUGAAAAGCUCCAUGUCACAGUACGAGAUGCAAAAAAUCUAAUUCCGAUGGAUCCAAAUGGGCUUUCAGAUCCUUACGUGAAGCUGAAACUCAUUCCCGAUCCCAAGAAUGAGAGCAAGCAGAAAACUAAAACCAUCCGCUCCACACUGAACCCCCAGUGGAAUGAGUCCUUCACGUUCAAAUUGAAACCUUCCGACAAAGACCGACGGCUCUCUGUAGAAAUCUGGGACUGGGAUCGAACCACAAGGAACGAUUUCAUGGGAUCCCUUUCCUUUGGAGUCUCGGAGCUGAUGAAGAUGCCAGCCAGCGGAUGGUACAAGUUGCUGAACCAAGAAGAAGGUGAGUACUACAACGUACCCAUUCCAGAAGGAGACGAAGAAGGAAACGUGGAGCUCAGGCAGAAAUUCGAGAAAGCCAAGCUCGGCCCUGCUGGUAACAAAGUCAUCAGUCCUUCAGAAGACAGAAGACAGCCUUCCAACAACCUUGACAGAGUGAAACUCACAGACUUCAAUUUCCUCAUGGUGCUGGGGAAGGGGAGUUUUGGAAAGGUGAUGCUCGCUGACCGGAAGGGGACGGAAGAGCUGUAUGCCAUCAAAAUCUUGAAGAAGGACGUGGUGAUCCAGGAUGACGACGUGGAGUGCACCAUGGUGGAGAAGCGGGUGCUGGCCUUGCUAGACAAGCCGCCGUUCCUGACGCAGCUCCACUCCUGCUUCCAGACAGUGGAUCGACUGUACUUCGUCAUGGAAUACGUCAACGGCGGAGACCUAAUGUACCACAUUCAGCAAGUCGGGAAAUUUAAGGAACCACAAGCAGUAUUUUAUGCGGCAGAGAUCUCCAUCGGAUUGUUCUUUCUUCAUAAAAGAGGAAUCAUUUACAGGGACCUGAAGUUGGAUAACGUCAUGCUGGACUCGGAAGGGCACAUCAAGAUUGCCGACUUCGGGAUGUGCAAAGAGCACAUGAUGGAAGGAGUCACCACCAGGACCUUCUGUGGGACUCCAGAUUACAUUGCCCCAGAGAUCAUCGCUUAUCAGCCGUAUGGGAAAUCCGUGGACUGGUGGGCCUACGGCGUUCUGUUAUACGAAAUGCUGGCCGGGCAGCCUCCAUUUGACGGCGAAGAUGAAGACGAGCUGUUUCAGUCGAUAAUGGAGCAUAACGUUUCUUACCCAAAAUCCUUGUCCAAGGAAGCCGUUUCCAUCUGCAAAGGAAAGCCGGAAUCGGGGACCAAGGCCCCAGAGCGGAAGGUUCCAGGGCCAGCCUGGGGGGAGCUCUUGGCCGGAGGGAAAGGAGAGGUGCCCUCGGCUGACAGUGCAUUUUUCCAGGUAAAAGCCCACAUCCUGCUGGAGGCCUGUAUGCAGAAAAGGAAGGAGCUGGAAGGCGUACACGGGGGCAGCGGACAGGGCAGUGGGGGACACGAAGCGGUGCUGGGGGUUAGGAACAAGCAGCUGCAGGACAGCGGAGUUGGCCCCCAAUCUCGGGGGAGGGGCAUCUCCACAGCCUCCGGGACGUCAUUCUGUUCUCGGGGCGCCUCGCUGGCACGGAGAGGCCACGUGCCAAGAACAGUGCGGCGGCGGGAGAAGACUUACAGCAGCAGGAAGCUGUGUCCCGACGUCACCGAGGCUGCGCCAGCGACGCCUGGUGUCAGCCCGGCUGCCGAGGUUUGCGUUUUUAUUUGCUGUGCCUGGCUUUUGAAUCUAGUAGGUGUGCAGGUUCUCCACCUCUUCUUCCUGCCUCGCCAGGCCCAAUUUCCCAGGGACACGCUCUUUUUUGCAGAGGCCUUUCAGAGAGCUGCUCCCUGUACUUUGAUAAUAAUUACUGACCUGUCCUUUUUUCUCUUUUCUUCGCAGUGUGGCAAAGGCGCAGAAAACUUUGACAAGUUCUUCACGCGAGGGCAGCCUGUCUUAACACCACCCGAUCAGCUGGUCAUUGCUAACAUAGACCAGUCUGAUUUCGAGGGGUUCUCGUAUGUCAACCCCCAGUUUGUGCACCCCAUCUUACAGAGCGCAGUAUGAAACUCACCACCGAGACCUAACGCCUCCCCAGCCCCAGCCCUCCAGCAGUGGGAAAUGAUCCUUAACCCUAAAAUUUUAAGGCCAUGGCCUUUUUCUCUUGUUCCAGAUGGAGGCCUGAAAAUUUUAGGAUUAUGAGUCCAAAUGUGAGUAACUAUUCAGGGUUUCUCUCUUACAACCAACAUUAUCUUAGUGGAAGAUGGUAUAAUGUACAGUGUUCAGUUUAAUUAUGUAGAAGUCACAUCUGGCUGUAGAUUAGCCCUUCCUAAAAAACAAACUCUCCCCCUUUUUUGGUACGAUUUAAUAUACUUUCAAUGCCCCCUGUCAGUUUCCACCAUUGGGAUUCCGCAACCAGAGAUGUUAAAAUGAACCUGUCCCCGUCCAGUGGGCAAGAAAUAUCUCCACCUGAGAUGUCUUUGGAAUCAAAGAAUGGGGACCCCAGAAUGUGAACCAGGCAGGACUGGGGGUGGUGGGGGAGACUUUGAAAUACCUGCUGCUGCUGUUCUCUGCCUCAAUGGAAACAGCCCAUAGAAUUCAAGAGGCUGAGAUGAACCAAGUCCCUACUGGUGAGUCAUUUGGAAGCUGUUACCAGACGUUGACAGUCUUAACCCAAUCAUGGUUCAGUGAUUACUGGUUUUCAAGAACAGAAACCUCAGAGGAAGGUUGAUGAAUCUAUCAGCUACCCUGUUUGGAUGAGAAGUUAUCUUGAUACUUGCAUUUCUUUUUAAGAGGCCAAAUCUAAGAACUUUGCUAAAUCAGCAUGUGAAACCAUUUCUGAUCAAGGAUAAACCAGUGUGUAUGUAUGGUCAUUUUAAUCUCUGGGAGAUUAUUCUGUGAUCCAGGGUGCCAUCCGCAAUCAUGCCACUUACUCACGAGUGUUGUUAGCCAACCCCCACCCCUACCAAUAUUUUGCUACCUACUUCCUAAGAAGCUGAAGCAUAUGCCCCGUCCCCUUUUGUACUUAUUUAUUUAAUAGGCUGCAGUGUCAUUUAUGAGAGUACGGUGUACAGUAACUUAACAAGAGUGUUGACUGUAGCAUAAGUCUCCAUUGAUCAACUUCCCUCCCAUCUCCAGCCCCUGACACCCACUAAGGGAUGGAAACCAAUACAGUUUGGUCCCCAUUUCCAGAUCAUGUUGAAUGACACCCCUGGAGCUGUAGAAUCAGGAAAAUCUGGAUGCACAUCAGCUCAAAGAUAUUUUAUUGCUAGAAGGAUUUUAAUAUGUUUUGCAAAUGCAUCAUGCAAUGAAUUUUGCAUGUUUAUAAUAAACCUUAAUAACAAGUGAAUCUAUAUUAUUGAUAUAAUCGUAUCAAGUAUAAAGAGAGUAUUAUAAUAAUUUUAUAAGAUACAACUGUGCUAUAUUUGUGAAGGCUCUUGUUUCUAAUCUGCUUUUAUGAUUAAGUUUUAGCUUAAUUCCUUGCUGCUGUGCUUCCUCUCCCCCCACCCCCACCCCAUGCAUACCCUGCACACUGGCACUGUUAUCAGAUAUAUUAAUUUCCUAUUGUAGAUCUAAUUUUAAAAAUGAAUGGCUAUUUUACAUGAUUAAUUAGGCAUAUAUAUAUUCCCAUGAAUAUAUAUAUAUAUUUGAUCCUACCUGCAAACAAAAGUUUUGUUGUUGGGGAUUAUUUCAGAGAUGACACUCUCUCCUAGCUCCUUAGCACCAUCGUCUCUUCUGGUUCCUAUUCCACUCUUCCUCUUGGGGACAGCGGGAAGUGUUUGGCUCCCGUAUGCCUGGUAUGUUUGUGCAGGUGUGUGAUGUUGUUGCAGCCUCUGGGCUGGAACUUUGGUUUUUCCUUUUUACCUUUGUUACCGUUAGUGAUUCAGGGUGGGAGGGACGGGAAGAUGCCCUUCCUGCUACGUGCGACUGGACACACCAGAAGCACGCUGUCCACCUUGCUGCCCCCGGAACGACUCGCCGUUUGCUCCACCACCUUACAGACUCAAUGCAACAAACCAUCCAGUCCACCAGCCCCUGGGAACAGCCAUCCCCUGGCGCUGUCAGCAGACUCUUUAGAAGCUGCAGAUUUUCUUCCACCUAUGGCUACAAUUAGCCUUUCCACUUUUCAGUCUUGUGAAGAGCACCUCUGUGAUGAGACACUGUGCUAACAACGCAAGGCCCUCAGAGAAGCCAGCCUCCUACGACGGAAAGAACAUGGAAGCAACCAACAUUUCUUACGGGGGCCUCUCUGUUUCCCGUCAUCCCACAAAUGCGGCUCCCAGCUAAGCACCUCUCCAUUUUUACUCUCUGGCCAUUUGCGUGAAAUUCAUGUAACACACAACCGCUGAAGGGUCUUUGAGAUGAGAGACCGGGUCUGUCCUGGAAAGCCUUGACUAGAGGAAGAGGUGGGGUCGGCAGCCGAUCGUCUUGGAAAAGAACAGCUUUCCUCUGCACCGUCUUUUCUGGGCUGUAGACUUCAGAAUUCAAAAAGGGCCCUAGUGCACCCAGAGCUGCAGUCCCGCUGGCCCAUGCACAUUUUGGGGACAUUUCCUCACCAGGUACAUGUCAUUUGGUCAGAUAGAAAAGGGACCAGUUUAUAGAAAGAGCCUAAGAAACGAAAACAACCAGAUGCCCCGCCCACGGAGGACCCCCAGCCAAGCCCCCGGCAGUGAGGAAAGUUUCAGAAAGGACCCCGUGGGGUUAUGGGCCAUCUGUUCCCGAGCCCCAUGCUGCCUGCUUGUCUCGCCUCAGCCCUUCCCUCAAACAGCCAGCACAUUUCCAAAUUAUUCAUAAUUCUCCAGGAACCAUGUUCAACAUCUCAGCCGGCGUGUAUUCUUACAGAAUGUGUGGCAAAGUUUUAAAGGAAAAUACCCUGGCUGUGGUGCCCAGCACUCUGCCUCCGGGACAGCAGCCUUGAACACAAGCUUGAAGGAAAGACAGUAAAACUCAGGGCCUGGUGAAGUGUUACCCAUGACACACCCUGUUUGGUAUGUGGCUUUGCACCAAACUUAGAUAAGGGCUGCACGUUUCAAAGGUGUGAGAAGCCCAAGACAGUUAUUGCUGAAAGAACAAAGCAUGUGGGUAACCCUUACCAGGUGUGGGACCGGCUUAUAAAGGCAUUGAUUUCUAGAAGUCUGUGGCGUGGUCCCACUUCAGGGGCGCUGUAUGGAAUAAAAGGCCAGGGAAGGGGCACUUUGCUGACUGCAGCUGGCGGUUGGGAUGAGGAAAGCACCCUCAGUGGCAGAUCACUGGGGAACUCUUGAAAUACCAGCCCCUGGGCGCCACCUCUGUCACUAGGGACCGUGGGGGUCCAGGGCCCGGGCAGAAUCUAGCACAGGCUAGUUCUCCCCCAGACUCCUCAGUCCGUAACUCUGAGAGGCUGGUCACACUGCCCCGCAUUGUCUUCCCUCGGACGGCAGCUGCUUCUAAGCACCAGAACUUCGUUCGGAGGCUACAGACCAGCGGGGCUGGCGGCCCUUCUCUUGGCAUUUUGUCUAUAAAGGCUCUGGACGCUUGGUUUGGGUUCAGGUGUGUGGAGUGUGCUGCCGGGGGCAGCCCGCAGAGGUCAAGGGUUGGUUCACUGAAGGCAGGGAGCAAUUUAAAAGGUUGAUAGGAGACCCUAGGAACUGAAACAAUUGCUCUUCCAUACAUCUACUUCUCUUUUAUCCCCAUGGCCUGGUACAAGUGAGGGCAGAGUCUGUCUUUUCUUAGGAGAUGCAUUAGGCUUUCUUGUUAGAAAUUUUGGCGGAAAAUCAGAGAGCGUAGGGCCCUUUGGAACUUGACCUGACAUGGUUGGUUAAAAGGUGGUGAAAAGCCAAGUUUGAUGUCAGCCAGCAGAGGGUUGGGGAGCACGUCUCUGAGCUGCAGCCCUUAGCAGAGCGUGCAGCUUACCUGCUGGAAUGAAUGCACAAACGCCAAGAGAGACACCCAUUGGUGUUCCGAGAAGGGGGAGGUCGGUGGAGGCUGAGGUCAGUAAGGCAUUUGGAGAAGAGCAGGGCUUCAGUGUGCCCAGAAGGAUGCUUGCAAGAAGGAGGCGGCCAGGGGAGUGUGGAAGGAGAGGGCGUCUCACAGAGGAACCUGCUGCUGUCUCCAGUGGCUCUGCGUUGUUGCUUGUUGAUGCAUUUGACGGUCAGCACCUGCUGGUCCUUGAGAGCAAUUUUGUUGCCCAAAAUACAGUCUAGUCCUCAGAAAACAUCUCCUGAAUGCCAGCCACCCCUUCACUAGCACCCCAAAGCCCCCUCCCCCUGCCUGCCUUGAAGCGGCUCACAGUCCCCUGGGCAGAGGCAAACCACCCUGCACCCCCGGAAGCCAGCAGCUUCCCACCCAUUUUCCUUUGUGGCUUCCUGCCGAAAAUCAUGGCAGCCUGGGAUGGAUGGAGAAGUGGCAAAAAUAAACUUAACACUGCAAUUCCCACCUGAUUGCACUUAGCAGGGCAAAUUUGGGUCUUUUAUGCUGGGAUUCAUGUUCUCAGUACCAAAGAGGGAGGAAGAGUGAGAGUCUUAUAUUUUUAAAAUGCCUUCAAAAGGCAACACCAACUGGCUGUCAUUUUCUCACUUUGGUCUUACGAAGUCAGUCACCUAUUCCUUGUGUGUGCAUAUCACACCAUUUCCUGUCCCUUUAAACUCUGCAAGGGCAGGGUGCCUGUUCCCCUACUGGGCACAUCAACAGUCAUCAUCAAGAAAUAGAUGCUGACCUGGGGACCCAGGUCCUAACAGUUACAGGAGCACCAAAGCCAUGACAAUUACAGAGAAGGAAAGGGGCCCUCUGACGCUUAGUGACCACACACUGCUUUGACAAGUGGAGAAAUCGUUUUUAAAACAUUUCCCUUGAGUUCCUUGGGCCACAUCUUAUGAAAUAUACCAGACUGUAAGCAUUUCUGUCAUUUCCCAUUUGGGCCGAUGCAACAAAUCUAGGGAAUGCUAUAUAUUUCUGCUGCAAAAGAUACAGAAAAUUGGGAAAGGUUACCUGCGUUACAGUGAGCGAAGGCAUCUAGAAAUGGUGUCGACCCCAAUUCGGUUAAUUCUCUAAUGUCGGGGACUCUUUUGGAGGGUUGAAAUGAUGUAUGACCAGGAAUCCCAUGCCACUGACUGAUGUAAUCAGGUGUCAGUUCAUAACUGUGUAGGUCUCACUCAGUCAUCAAACAGCCUUACAGUGACCCUACACUAAGGCCCACGGGUUCCAAAGACUUUUUUUUAAACCUUAAGGAAGACAUUAAUUUGUUAAUUCCAACAGAACAACUGAGUAUACUGGGCUAUUUGUACUUUUUUAUAGAGAACUUUAAUAACUCAAUUCUUCUUUUAAAAUAAGUUUUUAAAAUAAAAUUACAGUUUCAUAAGAUUCCAAUCCCUUGGAGCCUAUCGGAGGAUUCAGACGGGGUCAGGCUAGAGCAUCCCUGACCUGCACUCCCACUGCCGGAUUUUCCCAUCCUAGCAGUAUGUGCAGUCCACAUCAGAAUGACCGGAAACCAGGUGGAAUGUGUUGGCAGACUGACACCCUCCAUGUUUUUAAUGGACACUGGGGAUAAUCGUCCAAGGUCUACAAACUUUUGGGCCAUAGGAAAGAUCACUUUGUUUUCCCCCUUCCAGAUACAGCCCUAGGGUACCAUUCCCCUGGGGUCCCUAGGAUUCCUUUCCUUGCUCUGGGAGGCUCUGUGACUACCUUUUGGUUUGAGGGGGAGGGCGUUUCCUCAGCUCUGUCUCUAGUCCCCACGGGUCCCCAAGCCUCACAUUCAGUGAAAACUCAGAUGUGCCCUGUAGAGAUUUUGUCCACUGGACAAUUCAGAUCGAAUUCAAUAUCCCCAAGAAAGAAGAGGCGGACGGCAGGCACUCCCUGGGGCAUGUGUUUCAGAAUCCUCUUACGUGAGUAGACAGAAACCCACUUCUCAGAAACUAUCAAGUCUACUUUAUAAGAACCUUUUUUUUUCUAAAAUAAGACAAAAAGGUGGCUUUGUAUUUUCUGAUUAAAUAACUGUCUUUGUCUCCUCUGCUUAACUUUAGGGGUGUUUAUUCCUGUGAUUGUUCGUAGAUUUUUGUUGAUAAUCUUCCUGGAAGAAUGUGAUUCCUUUCUUAAGGGGCUGAGUGGACUAUUCAAAAUCAUCCAUCAAAGGCAGUUAUCCUUUUGAGUCUAAAUGGUCUAAAAAUUCACCUCCUAUCCUUUCUAUCAGGAUCUUUCAGAAUAGCUUUAGUAGAUGGUCAGAGACAUUUGAAAUCAUUGCUUUUGCCACAUGAUCGUGUGUGUAUGUGUGUCUGUGUGUGUGCGUGCGUGUAAAAGACGUGUCAUGUUUAAAUCGUUAAUUGAAAAACAUCGUGUAAGACCCCAAAUUUGGACGGAGGAGGAAGAGGAACACAUGGAGGGUGAGGUUUUUCCUUCUGUAUAAACACCUGCUGACGAAAUGCAGAGGCCAUUCAACUGUCCAGUUUGCUUGGUUCAAAGCAGGCGAGAUGGAUGUUACCAAUUAGUGCACUGCUGUCCUCAGUUUGUGUAACCUCUGAUCUUCGUUUGCAUGAUAUGCUUUGUUAGACACAUUAAUUGUAGUUUGGAAGCAAGUGUGUACAAAUAAAUAUAAUGAUCAUUCCUCACC